AUGAAAUAUAAAAAAAAUUACUACAGAUUGUUGCUUUUCAUAUUUAUUUGUUUUAUCGUCAUUAUUUAUUUCUUCAAACGUAUUCUCAGCAAUCAAGAUGUCAGAGAUAUUCAACCGAAAAUCAUUUCGUGUCCUCCAUCAAAUCAAACACGAUAUGAGAAAACGAAAUAUAUUGUUAAUCUUCAUCGUUGGAGACAUUUGCUAGCCCAAAAUCAACUUUAUGUGAAAAAUCGUGGAAAACCUUGGUGUGAUGUUCCCAAAGAAUUACAAGUUAUUACAAAUGCUCUUUGUCAAUUCUAUGGAGCACCUAGUUGUACUCGUCUUCCAUGUCAUAUGAUUUAUUCUUCAUCAGACACGUUGAUCAAGAUCGACUGUCCUUCCAAUGGACAAAUCACCAUGAACGAAAAGAAGGACUUUCAAUGCAAAAGCGGUUAUUCAUUGGAUCUGUUUAACAUAGAUGAACGAAAUCAAUCAUAUCCAUCGAUUAUUGCUGAUCCAUUCACACCAAUAACGAAUAGUUUCUAUGUGAAAGUUUUACAUAAUCAAUAUCGAAGUUGUAAUUCUAUGUGGGGAAUUCUGUUCAAUUUUGAAUCACUUGGUUAUUAUCCUUGGAGUGGUGAUCGUGAAAAAAUGAAACUAUUUGAUGUUACUUUCGGUUAUGAUCGAUCCGUUUACGAUUUCAUUCCAGAUCCAUGGUUACUGAAAACGAUAAAUGAAGUCAAUGGCACUCUCGCAAGAAUAUCCAAAGAAGAAGCGAUGAAAACGAAAAAAGCAAUUAAUUCUUCAGCAACAGGUGAUAUUUAUUGGCCCCAUCAACAAACCAAGUCGCUCGAGGAAAGUCAAAGAGAUCAAUCAUCUUAUAUCAGAUCACCAAUUCUUUGGAUGAACAGUAACUGCAACGCAAAGUCUAAACGUACUCAGUAUAUGCUCCAGAUGAUGAAAUUCAUCGCUAUUGACAACUUCGGUACCUGUGGGAAAAAUAUUCGAUCAUUGCCUCCACACAUUGUCAAACUUCAACAUUCGGAAAAUCAAAAUCUACGUGAUUUAGGAAGUUACAAUUGGGUGGCUGGAAAACUCGCUCUCUCGUCAGACUAUUUGUUCACCAUUGCCAUUGAAAAUAGUCGAAGUUAUGAUUAUGUAACAGAAAAACUUUGGCAACCAUUACUUGUUGGAAGUGUUCCAAUUUAUCUUGGUGCACCAAACAUUGAAGAUUGGUUACCUUGUCGAACUGAUUGUAUCAUUGAUUUAAGAAAAUUUAAAACACCAAAAGAUGCUGCAUUGUUUAUCAAAAAUGUGGCAAAGAAUCGAACAUUGUAUGAAAGUUAUCAUCAAUGGAGAAAUGAAGAAAUUCCUGAUAAACUAAAGAAGAUGUUAAAAUACUUUUCAUCGAUGAGAAAUUACAGUUUAGAAUGUGUUUUAUGUGAAAUGUCGAAACGUGUUGAUGAAGGACAAAGUGCAAAAGAAACGAAGAAGAAAAUCAUAGAAAUUGUUGGGAAAAUUUAA